AAUGUCUCAGGAGAAUGACACAUGGAAGAAAGAGGUGCUGGGGGAUGAGCUCAUCGCCAUGAGGCUGCAGAAGCUGGAACAGCAGAGACGGCUCUUUGAGAAGAAGCAGCGGCGGAAGCGCCAAGAGCCCCUCAUGGUUCAGGCCAAUCCCGACGCUUCCCUGUGGCCCCGGCGACCAAGGCGACGGGAGGAGCGCCUCGCGGGUGACAGCGGCCUUGGGAACCCUUUCCUCCAGGAAAACGUGCCAGAGGCACACCUGCGCUCUGGUGCCCACAGUGCCCUGGGCAUCGUGAGCUGCGGUGGAGAUGGCAGCGGUGAGCGUGGCCCACUGGCAUCGCCGACAGAAGGAGACAGUUCCGAUCCAGAGUUGGAGGAAGUUUCCGUGGAGGAUGUCCCCGCUUCUCCUCCUCCUUAUAAAGAGCCUCCAGGGACUCGACGCAGGGGUUGGCCAGCCCGCCAACGACCUGGGGCCAGUGCGGAGGAAGAGAGUGAACCCCAGGAUGUUGGAGAUGAAUACGAGGCUACCAGUCCACAACCAAACCCGGGCAUGGAUGCUGACCUGGGACGCGGAGACUUGGCCUCCAACAAGGGCGAAGACCUGGAAGGGAAGAAAGAGGAGUCGGAGUCUACAGUGAGGACUUCCCCACCGGCAGCCGAAGAGGUGUCCGAGACCCCGGAAGGCGAGGUCGGCGCGGGAAGCAGUGAUGUGGGCAGCUCGCCCCGCGCGCCUCUCCGCGCGCCGGGCCCUCGGCUGGGAGAGGACAUGGAAGCUUAUGUGCUGCGGCCGGCGCUGCGCGGCCGCACGAUGCAGUGUCGCAUCAGCCGCGACAAGCGCGGCGUAGACAAGGGCAUGUUCCCUUUCUACUAUCUCUACCUGGAGGCGGCCGACGGCCGGAAGCACUUCCUCCUGGCUGGGCGCAAGAGAAAAAGGAGCAAAACCUCGAAUUACCUCAUUUCCCUGGACCCCACAGACCUGUCUCGGGAUGGGGACAACUUUGUGGGCAAAGUCAGAUCUAAUGUAUUGGGCACCAAGUUCACCAUCUUUGACAAUGGGGUGAAUCCUGAAAGGAAGAAUUUCAUCCCGGAGACCGCUCGGAUCAGAGAGGAGCUGGGGGCUGUGUGUUAUGAGACCAAUGUCUUGGGAUUCCGAGGGCCCCGGAAAAUGACUGUGAUCAUUCCAGAAAUCGAUGCCCAGAACCAGAGAAUCAGUGUCCAACCUCAAAACGAACAGGAGUCGCUACUGAGUCGCCUCCAACGGGGGGCCCGUCAGGGGCUGGUCCUGCUGCAAAACAAAGCCCCGUCGUGGAGCGACGAGAGCGGCGCCUACGUACUCAAUUUUCACGGUCGAGUCACUCGGGCCUCGGUCAAGAACUUCCAGAUCGUGCAUCCGGAUGACCCCGACUACCUGGUGCUCCAGUUCGGCCGCGUGGCCCCAGACACGUUCACCAUGGAUUUCCGCUUCCCACUUUGCCCGCUCCAAGCCUUUGCCAUCUGCUUGUCCAGUUUCGAUGGCAAGCUGGCAUGUGAGUAAUGCAAUGAAAUGUCAUGCCCUCACCA